GUUGCUCUAUGUAAUGAGAAAUGCCAUCCAGGUUACAGACAAAAAAAGAAGGAAGGACAACCAUUCUGCUGCUAUGAGUGUGUUCCCUGUCCAGACGGGAAGAUUUCAGACAUGAAGGACAUGGACAACUGUUUCCAAUGCCCAGAAGAUCAAUUUCCACAUGAGAACAAAAAUCAAUGUAUUGCCAAGAUAUUACAUUUUCUCUCUUUUCUGCAUCCUUUGGGGAUUAGUUUAACAUUUUUGGCUCUCUUUUUUGUUCUGCUCACAGUUUUGAUACUAGGAAUUUUCAUCAAGAACCAGAACACUCCCAUUGUCAAAGCCAACAACCGGGACCUCACCUACUGUCUGCUCAUCUCCUUAUUGCUUUGUUUUCUCUGUUCUUUGUUAUUUAUUGGCCAACCACAAAUAGUGACUUGCUAUUUACAACAAAUUACUUUUGGUAUCAUCUUCACAGUGGCUGUUUCUUGUAUAUUAGCAAAAACAGUAACUGUAGUUCUAGCUUUUAUGGCCACCAAACCAGGAUCUAGGAUAAGGAAAUGGGUUGGGAGAAGACUGACCAUUAUCAUCCUGUUCAGUUGUUCCUUCAUUCAGGCUUGUAUUUGUGCUGUAUGGCUGUUCACAGCUCCUCCUUUCCCAGAGUUUGAUAUGUAUUCCCUUCAUGGAGAAAUUAUAGUGCAAUGCAAUGAAGGAUCACUUGGUAUGUUUUAUUCUGUCUUGGGCUACUUGGGAUUUUUGGCUAUUGUCAGCUUCACUGUGGCUUUCCUAGCCAGGAAGCUACCAGAUACUUUCAAUGAAGCCAAGUUCAUCACUUUCAGCAUGCUCGUCUUCUGCAGUGUUUGGCUGUCCUUCAUUCCUUCAUAUCAGGGCACUAAUGGCAAAUAUAUGGUGGCUGUGGAGAUCUUUUCUAUCUUGGCAUCUGGUGCUGGAUUAUUAAGCUGCAUCUUUUUCCCUAAGUGUUACAUCCUUAUCCUAAAACCUGAACUGAACAUCAAGGAACAAUUGAUUAAGAGAAACACUUAA